AUGGCCCAGCCAACAGGCAAGGUCCUCGAGGGGGUCUUUGCCAUCAACAAGCCUCCCAGUAUCUCUUCGGCUCAAGUCCUGCGAGACCUGCAGCACAAAUUCGCAGAGUCUCAAACCUUUGCACCCUUGCUCGAAAAGACAAGAAAAGCCCAAGAAGAACAGGAGCGACACCAGCCAAAGCGCCGCAAACGGGGCAAUGACCAGACAUUCAAGAUGGGUCACGGAGGGACUCUGGACCCGCUGGCAACUGGUGUCUUGACCGUUGGACUAGGCAGGGGUUCUAAAUCCCUUGCCGACUUCCUCAGUUGCAAGAAGACCUAUGAGACGGUAGUGUUGUUCGGAAAGAGCACCGACACUUACGACAUUAUGGGCAAAAUAGUGGCGGAGGCCCCGACCGAAAAUAUCACCAAACAGGUGGUCGAAGACGAAUUGACACGUUUUCGGGGCAAGAUGAAACAGAUCCCCCCCAUUUACAGCGCAAUCAAGAUUGAUGGCAUGAAGUUAUACGAGUAUGCUCGAAGUGGCAAGGAGUUACCCCGGGAGUUGGAGAGCCGGGAAGUCGAGAUCUCAGACUGCACACUGCUCGACUUCUACGGCCCUGGAGAGCAUGACUUCAGGUGGCCGGCGGAGGAAGCGAGUGACGAGGAGAAGGCUCUCGCUCAGAAGAUAAUGGCGGGAGCUGAAGCAACAAAGAAGUCAUUGGGGCAAGAAGCAGCACCCGCGAGCCCCAAAAAUCCCCCCAAGGAGAGGCACCGAGAACACCACCAAAGCAACAAGCUCACGCCUGAGAAAAAGGCGGAGCUGCAUACCCACCAUCUCCCGACACAGGAAGCUGAACCUGCCAAUGCCCCGGCGGCCCGCAUCCGCCUGACUGUGAGCAGUGGCUUCUACGUGCGUUCGUUUGCACAUGAUCUCGGCAUCGCGUGCGGUUCAUAUGGGACGAUGGCAGCCUUGGUUCGAAGCAUACAAGGCGAGUACACCAAUAUCGACCCCGCUCCGGAGGGCUUGAUUCCGGCACUCACGUACUCUGAUCUGGAAGCCGGCGAGGGUGUAUGGGGUCCAAAGAUUGCUGAUGUGCUGGAGAAAUGGAUCGAGGCUCACCCAGCCCCUUCCAACGACAAAAGGCCUGACGACCGUGAUCGAUCAGAUAGAGAUUAUCGUCAUAAGAGGUUCGACCGCGGCGGGCGGGAUGACAGCCGGCCCCAGAGGGCUUGGACCGGUCAGAGACGUUGGGAAGGAUCGAAUAGAUCAAAGCGCCGUAACAGCUCGUCACCUGAGCUAUGA